GGGGGAAGCAGAGAGUGAGCUGGCGUCUUUGCAUGCAUUUACAUCAGCAUCGUUUUAGAAAAACCUCUGCUGCCACAGCUCAAGGCACCCAGGGAGGAGGAUGCAUGAGGCAGAUCAAGGGAUGGGAAGAGAAGCAGGCUGCUAUGGAGGGAACUGCCUCAACAGCAUUCACAAGGUGCAGUGAUUGAUGUCCACUGUGCACCUCAGCAGUGGGAACUACACCAGGUUUUCAUCCUCAGAGACCAAAAGCAGCAGACAGAUGCAUCAGGAAAUACUCUGAUUCAGGAGGGGUUGUCACUGAGGGCAGAAAUGAAAACGUAUUAAGGAAUCAUACAAUCUGACCCGACCUCCUGAAGAUCACAGCAUCCUACUCUGGGCAAGAAGGCAGCUUUCGACCUGAUUUUCAAGCCGCUGUUCUCUGGCCGUACUUCCUGGCUGUGAAGGAUGGGUGAUGGGCCUGUAACUGCUCCUGCCUGCCUGCCUCAUCCCACCCUUCAAUGGAGCCGACGUGGAACUCCUCCCACGCACCUCCACAGUUCACAUCCAACAUGUCUGCCUCCUAUCUGCCUGAGGGCUGGGCUCUGUCCCAGUCGCUAGCCCUGCUGGCCAUGCUGCUCAUGGAUCUGCUGGCUGUGGUGGGUAACGUGGCUGUCAUGGCGGUCAUUGCUAAGGCCCCGCAGCUCCACAAGUUUGCCUUCGUCUUCCACCUGUGCGUGGUGGACCUGCUUGCAGCCCUGGUGCUGAUGCCCCUUGGCAUGCUCUCAAGCCGAGCCUUCUUUGGGGAGGCCCUGUGCCGGAGCUACCUCUUUCUCAGUGUGUGCCUGGUUAGUGCUGCCAUCCUCUCCAUAUCCGUCAUCAAUGUGGAGCGAUAUUACUACAUCAUACACCCCAUGCGCUAUGAAGUGAAGAUGACUAUUGGCUUAGUGGCGUCAGUGCUGGUGGGGAUUUGGGUCAAAGCCCUGGCCAUGUCUGCUCUGCCGCUGCUCGCCUGGUUCCUGCAAGGUGGGAGAACUCCUCUGCUGGAGAGCAGUGGGGUUGGGGGAGGAGGAGGUGGGGCAGUUCCAUCUCCUCCUGCUCAGGGUCACAGGCGCUGCUCACUACAUUGGACAGGGGGAGGGUCGAACCGCUUGGCCUUCAUGGCCCUGUUUACUCUGGUGUAUUUCCUGUGUCCACUAGUGGUUAUUCUUGUUGUGUACUGCAAUAUGUUCAAAGUGGCUCGGGUAGCGGCCAUGCACCACGGGCCUCUUCCCACCUGGAUGGACACGCCUCGUCGCCAGCGGUCAGAAUCACUCAGCAGCCGAUCCACAAUGGUUACCAGCUCUGGGACGGGCACGGGGACAGACAGAGCCACUCCGCAGCGUCCCUUUGGGGGAGGAAAGGCUGCAGCAGUGUUGGCAGCAGUGGGUGGGCAAUUCCUUUGUUGCUGGCUGCCCUACUUUACUUUCCACCUGUAUUCAGCAGUGGCUGCCAGCCCUCCAGCCACACUAGCCUCUCUGGAGGAGGUGGUCACCUGGAUUGGCUACUUCUGCUUCACCUCCAAUCCCUUCUUCUAUGGCUGUCUCAACAGACAGAUCAGGGAAGAGCUGGGAAAGCAUCUGCCUUGUCUGUUCCGUCGAGCAGGGGCAGACAUAGAGGACAGACUGCCCAGCAGGGAAGGAUCCAUAGAGGAGAAUUUCCUUCAAUUUCUUCAGGGCACCGGCUGCAACUUGGAUCCACAAAACUCUCACAGCACCUCCAGCCCCAAAGGGGAGGCCUGCUGCCCCGCGGCUGAGGCCCAGCCCCCGGAGCCAGCACGGCCCAUACCCAUAGAUUUCCGUAUCCCGGGACAAAUUGCAGAGGAGACUUCAGAGUUUAUAGAGACUGAACAGGCGAUAAACAACCACAUAUAUACAGACAAUUGAGUUUGUAAUGUCUUGUUGAUCAUUCAGAUAUGAACUUUUUCAGGAGUUAUAUUUGAGUGAAAAAGUAAGAGACUCUACUGCAAGCUGUCAAACAGGUAACUCAGUUCACUUAAAUGACUUUAAAUUGUAUCUUUGAAACACUUAGCCUCAUCACAUUUUUAAACGGUCACAAUAAAAUGAAGUUGUUUGAGAAGCAUUUCAAACUGUUGUUUGUGAACAGGGAAAUGACAAAAAUAGCCUUCCACACAAACUAAGCUCUGUACAGUAAAUUACUUUCAUGAAUACUAAUUUGUGAAAGCCUUUUUUGACAAUAAUUAUAUGUUUUGUUUUAUGAAAGUAUCUAAAUUGUCUUCAGAGUUAAAUGUUUUCAGAAUGGCCCUAUUUGAUUUGAAGUUAGGGAACACCUACUGAAAUUCAUUGGCUUACACUCAAUCAACUAAUUUGCUUUUGUGCGGUGAAGCUCUGCUGUUCGACGAAUUGCCUUUAGUAUUCAGGAAAUAAGAUUAACGGCUCCACACAAACUGAUUCUGUAUUUGUACCUGCCAAAUCAAUCAUUUUUGAGUCUUUGGUAGGUUGAUUACUGUUGAGUAAGUAAUGUCGAAGAAGCUAGCAAUAAAAUGCACACAUUUAAAAGUAUUCUGGGGAUUAAUUGAAGGGAAGGCACGGUUUUCCCUUGUGAUUGGUAGCUGUGCGUUCAUCAAUGAUAAUGCCUCUCUUAACCCUUAUGCCAAUCUGAUUAUAUGGGAGCGUCCAUAUUGUGGCCUCAUGGAAUUACAAGUUGUUUACAGAUCACCAUCAAUUUUGUUCUCCUUUCUUAGGUGCUUGACCGAACACAUAUUUUUUUUAAUAUACUAAAAAGACGAUUUAUUUCAACUUAGUUUAGGAUGCAGGUUGACUCCAUAACUCAUCUUGAGUGUCACGUAGCUUUAUGCCAUGUGAUGUAUUUCCAGUUGAUUUUGAUUUAGCUCCUAAAAAUCAGUAUUCUCUCGAUGCACUGCAUUACGCUCAAAUUUGAUUCUAUUUCUUACAUUUGUUAAAUGUAGGCUACUAAAUUGUAUGCUCUGUUUAAUAAACAUGUAUACGUUUGGGUUGUGUGUUUAACUGAGCAUGCCCAUGUUUACUUUAAUUAGUGAGUGUUAGUAUUUGUUAUGGAUUUCGUUACAAGGAGGCUAAUUUACUUUUACACGUAUGCAGACUUUGAUCUUUAUUUGUUAGUUUUUCAUCUGUGUAAAAAUGUUUUAUCCCAGAAGGAGAAAUACAUAUAGAUUUUGUUUGCUGAUCGGGGCAUUUACAGUACCUCAAAUGCAGGAAAACUCAACAUUAUUUUAAAGUCUUGCGCUGUUCCAUGUCAAGUAUGACUCUUGAACACUUUGUUAUAAUGUUGCAAGGAUGUUAAAGCAGGUGUUAUGUGCUCCUUCAUUGGAAAUGAGGCUCAUACUUUUUAGGAUGCGAUGAAAUGGUAUUUUUUAGCAAACUGUUAGGAUAGAUAUGAUAAACUAUAUGAGGAAAUGUUGAGUGAAAUGACUUUCUUAUGUAAUGUGGAUACAGGGUUUUUUAGAUCUUAUUUUGAGUUACAAUACCAAUCCAAAAUCAAAAGCUUGUUCAGCUUGAUAUCCUCUUUUCAUCACGUCUAAAUAUCCCAAACUGUGAAUGAUGUUCAAUGUUUAUGUUAGGGUUUUCACUUUUUCAGAGAUUGUUUUUUAUGCUGUGAUAAAAAGAAAAUAAUUAAGUCCACUAUACUACAAUGAUAUGAUUGUGUUUUAGAAGAAGACAUGGCUAAAACGUGAGUGAGAGAUGCUGUUGUAAUAAAGAGUUUCUAUGUUUGUUAAA